CUUCCUCUCAUCGGCUCGCUCUCAUAGUUUCGAAUCAAUCUACGUCAAAGAUCACCUUGUCUCUUUCCUUUUGUUUCACCUAUCCACCGUCCAAGAGCAUUGAAGCUGCCAGAGAACAAUCACCAGCACGGAAGUCUGUUGCAAUGGCCGAGGAUACCUAUCAACACGUGCGGUCCCGCUAUGGUGACAUCGCCAAACGCACAGGCGACACGGUCCAUGAUAAGGAAGACGAUAUCGCAUUAGCGUUUGGGUACAGCGCGAAAGACCUACGUGCCCUUCCAGGCAAAGCAAACCUAGGAUUGAGUUGUGGCAAUCCAGUGGCACAUGCCAAUCUCAAGGAGGGAGAGACGAUCGUCGAUCUCGGAAGUGGAGGCGGCAUCGAUGUUCUUCUAGCCGCUCGCAAGGUCGGACCAGAAGGAACUGCCAUCGGGAUUGACAUGACGAAGGGCAUGAUUGAUCUCGCAAAGAAAAACGCCGAAGCGGCUGGUCUGUCGAAUACGCGGUUUAUUGAGGCGUCUAUCACCUCGAUCCCGCUUCCAGAUGCCAGUGUCGACUGUAUUAUCAGCAACUGUGUUAUCAAUCUUAUCCCGUCAAAGGAUAAAUCGACUGUAUUCCAAGAAAUUGCUCGCUUGCUGAAGCCAGGCGGAAGGGUUGCUAUCAGUGACAUCCUGGCCAGGAAGGAGCUUCCAGCGAGCAUCGUCAACGAUAUAGCUCUCAAUGUUGCAGAGUAUGAGGACUAUCUCAGACGCGCAGGAUUCAAAGAUAUUCUGAUGGUCGAUACUAAAGCAGACCUCAAUCUCUAUAAACAGUCCUCCUAUCUAGGUCAAAGUAGUUGCUGUGGCCCAGCAGAUUCCCGCAAAGAGUGGCCAGCUGGAUAUUCUGAGAUGGACUUCAACGAAUGGGUUGCCUCUUUUCAGAUUUAUGCUGUCAAAUAGAGCAGUUUCGUGCAGGACGCGUCUUAGAGAGCUGGGGUCUGAAAUGAAGCAUGAUGCAUUUGAUACC